UAUUCCCAAUGGUUCGAAGGUAUUUAGUUCUUAUUCUAAUUCUGGGUUUCCUCGAUCUGACCUGCAGUUCAUCGAGUUCUUGCAAGGAUGGUCUGGUUUUUAACCCCAAAAAGCGAAAAUGUGAACCACAGCCACCGACAGAGGAGUCAUCUAAUUGCCGACCCGGAACGUACUGGCUGCCAGAAAAGAAAUUUUGUAUCAAGUUGCGGCAAGUUAUAUCUGGAUACUUCCCAGUAAAGCCUGAAGAGUCAACGCAAAACCUGAAGUGCCCCAAAGGAUCCGUUUCUAUGGGAAAUCUGUGCGUAAGGGAAUUAAAAAAUAAAAAAAAGGCAUCCGAAAUCAUAAAGGACGGGUUUGAGAUGGAUGUGGACGAUCACUUUAAAAUUGUCGUAAAAGAAAAGAAACCUGCGACUCGUGAAUGAUGUCUCAAUUUCUCCAUUUAGACGUCCUUUGAAAUAAAUAUUAAUCAAUUGUUGGUCAAAAGGAAAAAUUUGUCAAAAAAUGUUUGCAAGUCACAUGUAAAGAGGAAGAAUAAACAUCUCAGGGCGCAUUUGUGAGGCGUUUGUCAUAAUGAACCAAAGAAA